GGGGGGAGGGAGGUAGGUGGAGAAAGAAGAUAUUGCCGCCACCGAAGGCAGAGGAGGGGAGGACGGCCAAGAGCGACGCCGCCGUGUGCCCAACGGUCGGUGUCCCCGGCUGAGGCAGCGCGGCCGCAGCAGCCCCGUUUGAUCUGUGGAUGAAAUGAAUCAUGAUUUUCAAGCUCUUGCAUUAGAAUCUCGGGGAAUGGGAGAGAUGCAGAAAAAGAGUCCAGUCACUCUUCUGGGCCACAAGAGGGCACCCUGCAGCUAGCUAACCCUCCCCUUCUUCAGAACAGCGUUUUCCAAAGAGUUUGUCAUUUUCAGAGGACUGAUUUAAGGCUUUUGCCUACCAAAAAAUUUUGGGAACCUGAUGAUUCAACAAAAGAUGGACAAAAAGGCAUAUUUCUUGGAGAUGAUGAAUGGAGAGAGACUGCAUGGGGAACUUCUCACCAUUCAAUGUCCCAGCCUAUUAUGGUACAGAGAAGAUCUGGACAGGGUUUUCAUGGAAACAGUGAAGUAAAUGCAAUAUUGUCUCCGCGAUCAGAAAGUGGAGGCCUUGGUGUGAGCAUGGUAGAAUAUGUAUUAAGUUCUUCUCCUGCUGAUAAAUUGGAUUCUCGAUUUAGGAAGGGAACUUUUGGCACUAGAGAUGCUGAAACAGAUGGACCUGAGAAAGGAGAUCAAAAAGGCAAGGCUUCUCCAUUUGAGGAGGACCAAAACAGAGAUCUUAAACAAGGAGAUGAUGAUGAUUCUAAAAUAAAUGGCAGAGGUUUGCCAAAUGGAAUGGAUGCCGAUUGCAAAGAUUUUAAUCGUACUCCUGGAAGUCGUCAAGCCUCUCCAACUGAAGUAGUUGAGCGCCUGGGCCCCAAUACUAAUCCCCCAGAAGGAUUGGGGCCUCUUCCUAAUCCUACAGCUAAUAAACCACUCGUUGAAGAAUUUUCAAAUCCUGAAACUCAGAAUCUAGAUGCCAUGGAACAAGUUGGUCUGGAUUCCUUACAGUUUGACUAUCCUGGUAAUCAGGUACCAAUGGACUCUUCAGGAGCUACUGUAGGCCUUUUCGACUACAACUCCCAGCAGCAGCUCUUUCAGAGGACUAAUGCACUGACAGUUCAACAGUUAACUGCAGCUCAACAGCAGCAAUAUGCAUUAGCCACAGCUCAGCAGCCACAUAUAGCUGGUGUAUUCUCAGCAGGCCUUGCUCCAGCUGCAUUUGUGCCAAAUCCAUAUAUUAUUAGUGCUGCUCCUCCAGGGACUGAUCCGUAUACUGCAGCAGGAUUGGCUGCAGCAGCAACAUUAGCAGGUCCGGCAGUGGUUCCACCUCAGUAUUAUGGUGUUCCGUGGGGGGUGUAUCCAGCCAAUUUAUUUCAGCAGCAGGCUGCAGCUGCGGCAAACAACACAGCAAAUCAGCAAGCAGCAUCACAAGCUCAGCCUGGACAGCAACAGGUUCUUCGUGCUGGAGCAGGUCAGCGCCCUCUUACUCCCAAUCAGGGCCAGCAAGGGCAGCAAGCUGAAUCACUAGCAGCAGCAAAUCCAACUUUGGCUUUUGGUCAGGGUCUUGCUACCGGCAUGCCAGGCUAUCAAGUACUAACUCCAACUGCCUAUUAUGAUCAGACUGGUGCCUUAGUGGUUGGCCCUGGAGCAAGAACUGGCCUUGGAGCUCCAGUUCGAUUAAUGGCUCCAACACCUGUUUUAAUUAGUUCAGCAGCAGCACAGGCUGCAGCGGCAGCAGCAGCUGGAGGAACUGCAAAUAGUCUCACAGGCAGCACAAAUGGUCUCUUCCGGCCACUUGGCACUCAGCCACCACCGCAGCAGCAGCCGCCGCAGCAGCCGAGCACUAAUCUGCAGUCUAAUUCAUUUUACGGGAGCACUUCUUUGACUAAUAGCUCCCAGAGCAGUUCUUUAUUUUCUCACGGACCUGGCCAACCUGGAAGUACAUCUCUUGGCUUUGGAAGCAGUAGCUCUUUGGGUGCUGCUAUAGGCUCAGCCCUCAGUGGAUUUGGUUCAUCAGUUGGCAGUUCUGCAAGUAGUAGUGCCACAAGGAGAGAGUCUCUAUCUACUAGCUCUGACUUGUACAAAAGAUCUAGUAGCAGCCUAGCACCCAUAGGGCAACCAUUUUACAAUAGUCUGGGAUUUUCCUCCUCUCCAAGUCCAAUAGGCAUGCCUCUGCCAAGCCAAACUCCAGGACAUUCACUUACGCCACCGCCAUCACUUUCAUCACAUGGAUCCUCAUCCAGUUUGCAUUUAGGAGGACUGACAAAUGGUAGUGGUCGAUAUAUCUCUGCAGCACCUGGAGCAGAAGCAAAAUAUCGAAGUGCUUCAGGCACUUCCAGUCUGUUUAGCUCCAGCAGCCAGCUCUUUCCUCCUUCUCGGCUUCGGUAUAAUAGGUCUGAUAUUAUGCCUUCUGGCCGAAGUAGAUUAUUGGAAGAUUUCAGAAACAACCGCUUCCCAAACCUUCAACUUAGAGACUUGAUUGGACACAUAGUUGAGUUUUCUCAAGACCAGCAUGGUUCUAGAUUCAUACAGCAAAAGCUAGAAAGAGCUACUCCAGCUGAGCGACAGAUGGUAUUUAAUGAAAUUCUACAAGCAGCCUAUCAGUUAAUGACAGAUGUUUUUGGCAACUAUGUUAUACAGAAAUUUUUUGAGUUUGGGAGUUUGGAUCAAAAAUUAGCCCUGGCUACUCGUAUUCGUGGUCAUGUUCUACCCUUAGCAUUGCAGAUGUAUGGCUGCCGUGUUAUUCAGAAAGCAUUAGAGUCUAUUUCAUCUGACCAGCAGGUAAUUAGUGAAAUGGUAAAGGAGCUAGAUGGUCAUGUACUCAAAUGUGUGAAAGAUCAAAAUGGAAACCAUGUUGUACAAAAAUGUAUUGAAUGUGUUCAGCCACAGUCACUACAGUUCAUCAUUGAUGCUUUCAAAGGACAAGUGUUUGUACUUUCAACUCAUCCUUAUGGCUGCAGAGUAAUCCAGCGCAUCCUAGAGCACUGCACUGCAGAACAGACCUUACCUAUCUUAGAAGAACUUCACCAACAUACAGAGCAGUUGGUACAGGAUCAGUAUGGCAAUUAUGUUAUUCAGCAUGUACUGGAACAUGGUCGACCUGAAGACAAGAGCAAAAUUGUUUCUGAAAUCAGAGGAAAGGUCUUAGCCCUGAGUCAACACAAGUUUGCCAGCAAUGUAGUAGAAAAGUGUGUUACUCAUGCAUCCCGUGCUGAGAGAGCAUUACUGAUUGAUGAAGUUUGCUGCCAGAAUGAUGGUCCUCACAGUGCCUUAUACACCAUGAUGAAGGACCAGUAUGCCAACUAUGUAGUUCAGAAGAUGAUUGAUAUGGCUGAACCUGCUCAGAGAAAGAUAAUCAUGCACAAGAUUCGACCUCACAUUACUACUUUGCGCAAAUACACAUAUGGGAAGCAUAUACUGGCCAAGUUGGAAAAAUAUUAUUUGAAAAAUAGCCCAGAUCUAGGGCCUAUUGGAGGACCACCAAAUGGAAUGCUGUAAAGGAAAAAGAGAAGAUGAUGUAACCGUGUGAGAGGAACGUUUCUUUUGUGAAUUAUCAAAACACAACUCAACUAUGAAUCUUCAAAUUUUUUUUAAAGUGAAACUAUUUAUUGACUUUAUUCAUCCAUUUGUAAAUUUUUUAAGGUUCUUGUGUAUAUUUGGGGGUGGGGGGUGGUGAAUUAUAAAUUAUAUUCAGCCCUGAGUGGAGACCUAUCAGAUUGGAUUGCUGGCAAAGCACAGAAUGCCUGUAUAUGAUGUAACUGUAUCAAAAAAUGCUGUCACAUAUUUUGUAAAUUUUUACCUUGUAAAGUCACAAAAAUAGUUUUUAAAGGAAAAAGUACAGUAUUCUUUUAAUAAACUGGCUUGCAGUCUGGUAGGUCUACGGACCCCAUAGCACAACAGGUUUAUAGAAAUGUAUAUAGAAAUAUAGUCCUUAUGGGUUUUUUUUGUCCUUUGUGUGAAGCCUUUUAUAACAGAUUAACAAUCAACUGCAUAAAUAUUAUUAAUAUUUUUAAAAGAAAGUUAAGUUGUAUUUUGGUAAUUCACAAACUAUCAUGCAAAUAAAAACUCGGCAAGUAAGACAAGAAUUAAGUGAUUUGAAAUGAAAAGAACUUACAUUAUUUACAGUAGAUGUGGUUUUAAUACAAAUACUGCCCCCCAAAAUGUCUCUGGCAAUGUACAGAAGUAUUGUAUAUACUUACAUAUGUAAUUGUUGUAAGAGGUAGAAAAAACAAAAUCAUGGUGACACUUCCAGUUAAGUACGCUAAACGAAAAGUUAAGUUCCAUUUUAACUUUUCAGUUUGGUUUGCAAUGAGAAAGAGUGGAGAUUUGUAUAUUGUUUUGCUUAUAGAAUUACAAGGACAUGUUGAAAAAGUGUUGAGAUUUAUUUUGCUUUUUCAUAGUAGAUUCAGAAAGUAGGAACCAGAUAGAGGUGAAAAGGGGCCACUGAAAAGUGAAUUUGAUAGCUCAACAUUUAAGCAUGAUUACAUAUUCAGAUAGCUUUUUUUGCUUCCUAUAAAUAUAUGCAUUGUGUGUGUGUAGUAAUAGAUGUAAGUUUACACUUUGAAAGCAAAUCAUGUUUCAAUGUUUAUUAUAAAAAGCCUUGCUAAUUUAGUAAUGAUGUUUUCUUUGGUUGUACAGGUGUACAUUUGUAAACCUUAAUGCUGUAAAUGGAAUUUGUUUUAUCUCUUUGGGAAACAUUUGCAUUUUAGUGUACAUUUAUGUCCCUGCCCUCUGACCUGGCAUAUAGUGUUGUAUAAUGUAAAUUUAUUUCUCCAAAUCAAGAGUGAUUUUUUAAAAAUUUUUUAUCUUUAUAUGGUUUCAGAAGUAUGAACCAGCUUUCUUUUUAUUAUUGUGAAAAACAUUUUGUUUUAUAACAUAGUUGUUGACUCUGUUAAUAUGGACAUGCUAGGAUUUGGAUCACUUUCAAGAAGUCAGGGUAUUGUGCAUAAUAGAAAGUAUUGGACUGAGAUAUUUGGUUACCAUGGAGGCCAAUGCUUUUUCCAUCUUAUUAAAUGUGAUGUGACUUUUUUUCUUUGUACAGAAGAGUACUGUAUUUUUGAAUAGCCUACUCCCAAGUAAUAGCAAAUCUGUAUGGUAACAUUUUUUCUCUGGACAUAAGACAUAACAGUAACAUGAUGUACAUUUACAAGCGGCCUUAUGUACAUUUCCCAACAAUCUUUUUAAGGCAAAAUUGUGACCAUAUGUGUAUAAUUAAAAUCGUUUUUAAUCCUUUGCCUAUGAAAAUAUUUUGGAAAAAAAAACUUGCUUUGUAUAUUCAGUUUCUGAAAGAUAAAGAAAGUGCUUUGUAUUU